GGAAACCACCACCACCAACAGCAAUUUUCCUACAGUUUCCAUAUCUGCACUUUUGUUGCUAGCUAAAACAAGAAUACAAGACGGUGGGGUUCCUGUUGACAAAGAUUUGUAACUUUCCACAUGGAUGCAUAGAUAUUUUUUGAAGCCAGUACUGUAAAUAUCUUCUGCCUUAAUACCCAAGAUCUUCAUUUCUCAACUAAGCAUGGAGUCCUCUGCACUUCCACCACUCUCUCAACUCUCUUUUUGCCCUCCAAAAUCCAACAGGAACAAAGCUUAUCCUUGGCCUUGGCCAUGCAAGAAGCCAAGAACCGCUCGAUUUCAGUGCCACAAGAUGUAUGUGCCUGGUGAAUUAUCGCCGGAGAAAAAGGCAGCAAACAAUCUGCAUAAUUUCUUUAACUAUGUUGCCGUUAAGAUUGUCAGCGCACAGCUUCAGAGCUAUAACCCAGAGGCGUAUGAGGAGUUGAUGGAAUUUUUAGGUAGGCACUCUUUGAAUGAUGGAGAUAAGUUUUGUGCCAAUUUGAUGAGGGAAUCUUCAAGGCAUAAGAAUUUAGCUCUACGCAUCUUAGAGGUUCGAUCUGCGUACUGUAAAAAUGAUUUUGAAUGGGACAACUUGAAACGAUUAGCCGAAAAGAUGGUUGACGACUCUAACAAGAGGCUUAUGAGAGAUUAUGUAUUAGAAACCAGCCAUGUAGAUAUAGAAAGUGAGAAGUGAUCAAACCGCACCGUAUCAGCUCUUCUCUGUUCUAAUAGAAACAUCAUGUAUCCAUAUAGUUAUGCGAUAUCAUGCGCUAGUAAUAUGUGUUAUAGACAGAACUCAAAUUUAUAAUAUCGUAUGUAUACAAUCUUAUAUGCGUUCUAAA